AUGAAAAGAAAUUAUUUCCGUAGAUGUGGAGUGUGUCGUGGUUGUCAGUGUAAACCUUGCGGUCAUUGUACGUACUGUCAAGACAGUCCUCAGUUCGGUGGGCCAGGCGUCAAGAAACAAUCGUGUAUUGAACGGAGGUGUUUGCGUGUGCUCGAAAACAGAUUGCAGCGUGAUGCGCCAACGUUCAAGGCACGUGUUGGUUGCAAUCAAUGCGAGGAUUGUCGUAUGCCAGACUGUCAAAUAUGCCUUGUAUGCCUUGACAAAAGGUUACGAUUACAGAUCACUGAACUGUGA